GCUCUCUGCUACUGUCCUCACAUCCACCUCUGUCACUGUGACUGCUCAAUACAAUGUGGACUACAAUGUCAGUGUUGUGGCUACCAACUGUGCUGGGAACAGUACGACAGCUGAGUACAACUUCAGAAUUGUUCAAUCCCUCUCAUGCAGGUGGCUGUCCUGUGUUGACCAACCCCAUAAAUGGAGCAUUCGGACCAGUCUCCAGCAGAUUGCCAGGAUCUACAGUUAUCAUCCAGUGUGAUGCUGGGUAUGUGUCUGCUAUUACAAUGGUGACUUGUGAGGGAACACUGAUGUGGAGUCCUGAGACUAUUAAGUGUACACCAUUAACCCAGCCUCUUCGUAUAACUCCUCCUCCAAUGAACUGCACAGUUCGACUACCUUCACCACAGAACGGUACUAUCAGCAGUCAUUCAGUACCAGCUAUACCUGGUACACGAGUUACCUUCCAGUGUGACGAUCGACUAUUCCCUGAGGGCAUAAUGAGUGCCACAUGUUUAGCUACAGGAGAGUGGGACAAGAAUCCAGAGGAGAUCGUCUGCAGAAAUGAAUCUAUUUCCUGUGUCCUGCCUGCCCCUCCUCUCAAUGGAGUGUUACUCAACACAAACAAUCAGAACACUAACCAAACCGAGGGCUCAGUCAUUACCUUCCAAUGUGAUCCUGAGUUCUCACUGGUGGGUGCAGCGACUGCCACUUGUAACAACUCUGGUCUCUGGUAUCCUGACCGGACUUUAUUGGAGUGUGUGGCAGCUCCCACUGGUGGGAACGUUGCUUCUGUAGCUGGAGGUGUUACUGGCGGCCUGUUAGUGUUAUUACUGCUUGUCCUGGUAAUGAUAGCUCUCUUAGCCAAGAAAAGAAAAAGUAAAGAUAGCCAACUGCCAGGCAAUGAAGCUCCAAAAGCCUCAGCUGGUCCGGUAUACAAGGAAGUUGGUCUAGUAGUGACACAAGGAACACAAGACAUUCAAGUGGAGUUUAAUGAAGCUUAUGGACAAACGGUAAAGCGAAACAUUGAGAUGCAGUCGAACCAGGCUUAUGGAGAAAUCAAGCACUAAGUUGAAUUGAUGUUUGUUUAUUUCAAUAAUGGUAAGGUUGUAUUAAUUCAUUUCUAUUGUCAACAGUUUGCUUUCACAGUUGUUUUUGAAUGUAUCUUUUAUGAUCACAGCA